AUGCAAAAGGCUCUGGAGGAUGCCCAGAAGCUCGAGCCUCUUGAGCUGGAGCCUGAGCCUGUGGAGCCUACCAUGAAGCCCCCACCGCCUGCACCGGCGUCCUCGCGCUGGUCUCGGCGCUCCAGGGAGAGCCUCAUCUCUGGAGUUCCUACUCCGUCCACGGCAAGGGGCUUCAGCCCCGAAAGUUCCGAUGCUGAACUCGUCCAGGACGCCCCUACUCCUCAAAGCACCGUCGGAGAUGACACCGGGGACACAGGUGAAGCACCGGAAAAGCUUCCGCCUGAAGCGUGGGAGAACCAGGACUGCGUGGAUUGGCUGAGAAGUCUGCCCUACGUCUGGCUCGAACUGCACGUUGCCAAGUUCGAGUUUCACAAGAUCGACGGGUCAGUGCUUCCAGAGCUGACAUUGGAGGAGUUGGAAGAAGAGAUCGAGAUCUCUGAGUUGGAGCACCGUCAGGUGCUUCUGCAAGAGAUCCACAACCUGUUCAAAACCUCACGGCCAGGUGUGGCUGCAUCAUCUGCUGUACAGACUUCAGACACCUUCCCACCAGCGUCUCAAUGA